UAAACAUUCCCUUGUCUCCCUUGUACACUGGCUAAAUAUUCUUUUUUUUUAAUCUCAGUGUCAUCUCCUCUACCAUAGUACAUGUAUUAUAUAUAUGGACCUUUUGAAUUUCUCAAUAGAAUAUGUUCAUUAAUAAUUUGUACACACAGUUUCCCUUGUACACUGGCUAAAUAUUCUUUUUUUUUAAUCUCAGUGUCAUCUCCUCUACCAUAGUACAUGUAUUAUAUAUAUGGACCUUUUGAAUUUCUCAAUAGAGUAUGUUCAUUAAUAAUUUGUACACACAGUGCUUAGAAUUAAAUUCAAUGAUAAAUACAUCGGGAUCGGCAUACUUAUUCUUAAAAAACUUGAGCUUUGUAAAUAAUUGAUGAUGCAUUAAGUAUGGUAUGCAGGUCCUGUUGUAUUAUGAGGUCUGUACAGCAGACUGAGCUUUGUAAACUUUCCAUGAUAAAAAAUUGGAUAGCAGGUUUUAUCUCCUUAUAUAACAUUAAUUUGUGCAUAUGUGCACCUUAUAUACAAUGUAUUAGCACUAAUACUGAUCAUUGAUUCAUCAUUAGCAUUGAUACUGAUUUGAUUCAUUUUAGGAGAUUUUUUGAAGCUUGCUGCACAUUUACAAGCUAGUGAUGAUGAAAUUUUAAACAGUUUGCCAGAUACAUGUAUAUCAGAAGCAGAUGAAGUUACUGUUGGAGGUACAGGUAAUGAAAUACUGGAUCAAGCACAACAUGCUCAAGAAGACAAUAGUUCUUUGCAUGAUAUAUCAGAACAAUCUAGUCAGCUCUCAGAAUUUUCGUCCACUCAGUCCUCUCAUGGAACUGAUAACUGGCUACCACCAACAUACGAUCGGGAUAAGUUGAACAGAAGCAUGGAAAUUCUCUCUGAAGGCAAAUUUACUCCAAUGCGAUUUACCUUAAACACACCAUUGGAAGAUGUUCAACAGUCUACAAAGGAUUAUGUGACUCGAAAAGCCAAAGAAGUAAUUCACUAUGCUUUAGAAUGCAUUGCACCACAGCAGGAGGAAGAAUUAAUGCAACUGGUGUGUAGAAAAUACUUCAAGGCGGAGUCGGAUGGUAUUGAUAUUAUACCUGAUGUUUUAACAGAAGCUCUUAUCAAAGCCUACAAUGAUGCUAAUGGACAUCAAUGCCAAAUCCAAAUACUCUCCCUGGUUGUAAACAAUUUUUCAAAGACUGAACUUUGUAAAAUGGUGCAUGGCCUAACAAAGUAUAAAAUUGACUGUGCAAGAAAAUACGCUUCCUUGAAUGGACCAGGUCAGAUUAUUGAUCCUCCAAAGGUUACCCGUGUUAGACUUUCGAGAUGUCAAAUACAGCAUUUUAUUGAAUUUUUGUACAGUCCAUCAAUUUGUCAAGUGGUUGGAUAUGGUUCCAAGACUCUUCAUUUAUCAUCUGGAUUACAAAUAAAAAUUCCAAAAAUGAUUCGAACAAUGAUUGCCUCAAGAAUUAUCAAUGCCUAUGAAGUGCUCUGCACAGACAAUGAGAUAAAAAUGCCAUCUAGGGCAACGUUGUACAAGAUCAUAAAAGUAUGCUCGGCCUCGCAGAGGAAAUCUUUGAAAGGUCUUGACAGUUAUACAACAGAUGGAAUGGAAGCAAUGGAUUUGCUCCAGAAGAUACUACACAGACUGCAAGAAAACGGACUUUCAAGAGACAAAACGAAAGAGUUAUCAGAAAAGCUUCUGGAUAUAAACCAGCACCUGAAAUUUGAUUUGAAAAUGCAUCUCGCACAGUCCAGUACUAGUAUCGACCACUGCCUAACAUAUGCAUUGUCUGAUGAAAAGACAGCAGAAUUUACAUCGGAUUGUGAUCAUCUCCACAAUCAGAACUGCAUAAACUGUAGAAGUAUUCCAAAAGUUAUGGAUGAAAUUGCAAGUUGUUUAUCAGCGGCUAAUCUAGCAACUGAUCUGCAGAAGGAAUUGGCACAUGAUUUUGAACAGUCAAGAAAAAACAUACAUGAAUGGAAGGCCCAUAUUGUACGAGCUGUGAACCAGGAUAUGAGUAAAAGCAACAUCAUUGAAAACUUAAAGAGUAACCAAGCACUGCUGAUAAUGGAUUGGGCAAUGAAAUUCCUGCCUCAAAGUUUUCGGGAAUCGCAGCAAAACUGGUUUGGGAAACAGGGUUUGAGUUGGCAUGUUGCAUGUGCAGUUUUUCUAGAUCAUAGUGCCAAUGUAGAGAAUCAGGAGAACAAAUUUCACCUCGUGUCAUUUGUACACGUAUUACAAGGAGGAAGUCAAGGUUGGAUCUCAGUAGCUAUGAUUCUUCAAGAUGUUCUAGAAAAACUGAAAUGCCUUAAUCAGCAUCUUUCCGAAGUUUAUUUAAAAUCCGACAAUGCAGGAUGCUAUCACAGCAUGCCACUUAUGUCCUACAUUUGGAAGAAUUAUGACUUGCUACAGCUCAAAGUAAAAGAGUAUAAUUUCAGUGAAGUUCAGAGUGGCAAAGAUCUGUGUGAUUCAAGAACUGGUACAUGUCGCAUGCAUAUUUUAAAGUAUGCAAAUGAAGGUAACAAUGUGGAAAAUGCACAUCAACUGAAAAAAGCCUUAGAGAGUUAUGGGGGAGUUAAGAACACAUUCAUUUCACUGGUUGAUAUCAAUACAGAAAAUCCUCCUGUAUUGUCAGGAAACAUUAAAAACUUCAAGAUUAGUCAGAUGAACAAUUUUGUGUUUGAAGAAGAAGGCAUCAGAGUGUUUAAAGCUUAUGGUGUUGGUCAUGGACACUUUAUCCCCAAGAGCACUCUUGAAAAGAUAUCAAGUAACUUUGCCUUUGAUGAGACCAGAAUUGAGGUCAUAGAAGAUUCUACAACCAUGCCAGCGACACAUUUACAAGCAGCACAGUUGAGGCUACCGUUUGGAUCUUCAGAUGCUGAAGACAGUGGAGACCUGAGCUGCACUGAACCAGGCUGUAUUCAAACCUUCAGGAAACCAUCUACUUUAGAAAAGCACCUUGCUGUUGGAAAUCAUUUAUACCACAGUUUAAAUGGAAGUGCCGAUGUUGCCAUGGAGUUGUGGGCAGAAAAGUGUUCGGAUUCUGUGUUUUAUAACCAGUCUCACCUCAUCCAAUCUUCAUUGAUUUCAAGUAAAGACAAUCAGGUACAUACCUGUGUAUCAAAUUUGAAAACAGGAUGGGCUCUGAAGUUGGACAGAAAAUUUGUUAGAUUUUCAUUGGGUGUAAAAAAGUUCGUGAAAGACAUUUUUGAUGAUGGUGAAAAAACUGGAAAAAAGGCAAACCCUGUGUCUGUUUCAUUACAAAUUCGUAAUGAACGGGAUGAAUAUGGCAACCACAUAUUCAGUCCAAAUGACUGGAUUUCCUCUCAGCAAGUUCGCAGUCUCUUUGCCCAGUUUCAGAUAAAACUGACUAAAGAGAGCACAGACAGAGAGAAGAGACCAAAGUUAAAACUCACUCUUAAAUCUGAGGAGGAUGAAGAUUUAAAUGAGGUUAUUAGUGAUCUGAAUGCCAUGGAGGCAUUCAACACAGUUAAUUCUGUUACUGAUAUAUGUCAGCUAUGAUUUCUAUGUGAGCAUAAUUUACUUGGUAGGCAUUUCAUCUUGAUUUUCACAUACCGAGUAUGCUAGAAAAAAUGCAUUUAAUCGAUGUGUAGGUGCAUCAAGAUUGUCAAAAGUAAACUUUCAAGUAGAAUAUAGUAACUACUGUAUGAAAUAUUUUUUUUCAUGUAAAAAAACCAUAAUCAUAUGUAUGACUUGGAAUUCUAAGUUAAACACUGUCCUAGUACACAGAAUGGAUUUUAUAUUUAAAAUGCAAAUCAGCUGGUAACAUUACAUGUACAUGCACUAUAUAUAUUUGACCAUUCAUUGUAAUGUAAUGAAACUGUUUACAUUUUAGGAAAUGCUAAGUUUCAUGUAUUUAUAAAAAAUGAUGAAAAUCAUUAGUUAUAGGUGAUUGCAUUAAAAUUGUUUAGAAAAACAUGUUACUAAGGGAGAUAACUCACUUUUAAAAGUUGCAAAAAAUGCAAGUUAUAGAAAUUCACGCAGUGUGAGAAAUAUUCAGAACCCGAUUAUUACCUUAUGUGAAAAGAUUAAGAAGUUACUUGUUUUUAUUUUGACCCAUAACAUUUUAGUUUUAAAGCGUCCAAACCCAAUUUUAAAUUUACUUAAAUUUUAGCAAUUUUUCAAUAAUUUUGGUUUUUUACACACAAGAGUUAUUUCCCUUGAUCAAAAAAUUAUGUGGGGUUAUUUUUGAAAAAAAUUUAAUGUGUCAAAAUAAAAUUAAAUAUUUAUAUUUUCAAUUAUUUUAACAGUUGUUGUUUUAUUUUUAUGCUUAGGGUAUCAAAAUGUCAAAUGAAAAUGUCAGUUUUUCAUAAAAAUCAAUGCUUCAUUAUAGUGAAAUUGUAAUCAAUAUGGCAACCCCCUUCAAUAGGGCUAAAAAAUUAAAAUUUUCAAAAAAGUGUUUUAUAGUAACAAUUUGCUUAACUUUAAAUGUCUUCUGUGAAAAUUUCAUUGAAAUGUGGUUUACUCCAUGUAUUACCCCCUGCCUGACUCUCUCAUAGACGCACAGUUAAAUGAACAUCGUUUGAACCCUGAGGUAUUUAUAAAUAUCAAAUAACUCUAAGAAACUGUGCUGCAAAAUUAUCUUGGAACAGAAUAUAGGACACUAUUGCAGAAUUAAACAUUGCUUUGCAUUUAUAAUAAUCAUUUCUAAAU